UAGAGCAGAGCACUACAUCUCAAAGACCUCUUUGAUACUGCUUAACAAUGGCAGCUCCAGGGCUCCUGCUCAGCCUCUCAUCUCCUUCCUACCUCGCCAGCAAUGGGCAGCUCAGAGCUCCUCCCUUGUUCUCACCCCGAACUUCGGGUUCCAACCCGAAACACUUCCGCGUAAGAGCAAUCAAAGAGAAGACCAAGGAGAUCAAGAGCCCUUCUCCUGAGGAAGUUACCAAGAAGUAUGGCCUCGAAGCCGGUCUAUGGCAGAUAUUUAGCUCAAAGAAGGAAGGGAAAUCAGAGGAGGGUGGUGAGAAGAAGAAAUCAAAGGCAAAUCAAGCAAAAGAGCUGCUAGCCAAAUAUGGAGGAGCAUACCUUGCCACCUCCAUCACCCUCUCCCUCAUCUCUUUCGCGCUCUGCUACGCCCUCAUCAGCGCCGGCAUCGAUGUCCAGUCCCUGCUGCUGAAAGUGGGAAUAUCGGCCGACGAGACUGGUGAGAAAGUCGGAACUUUUGCAUUAGCCUACGCUGCACACAAGGCGGCAUCCCCAAUCAGAUUCCCACCCACGGUGGCUCUCACCCCCAUUGUUGCCGGUUGGAUCGGGAAGAAAGUCGACGAGGAGAAGCAGUAACCAUACAGAUGAAAAGAGUUUUUGCCAUGUCCCUAAUUCCAUGAGCCAAUAUAUCCUCUUGUAUUAUAAUAUGCUAUCACCAUUUUUCCCCCUAUGCUAUUAACUAAGAAUUCAUCACGGUGGUUCAUGGCCUGAUAUGAGACAGUUCUUAUCCUGAUAGGAUCUUCUUACGUACAUUAGAUUAAGGGUCAAUUCGUCAAAUGUCGGUAAUAUUGGCCGGUACAAUCCCAAAUGUAUUGGAACUCCCGAAUUACCGAGUCUAUGGAGAUUGAUUCUCUCCGAAAAUGCAAUUUUUACCAAGAGGAUGUGCCUCUACUUCCUCUCUUGUUCA